GAGUCUCUCUGUUUGGGAGCACAGUGUGAGGCUCGAACCCUGCUCCACCGCUAGUGGUCAUUAUCAUUGACGUCAAUAGGGAGACGCAGAUGUGGGGCUCGGAUUUCCGCAAAGCAGCAAUACAUACACAGACAGACGGAGCUCUGCAGAGAGAGAUCCCAGGCUUGCUUGCUUGCUGCUGUCUUGGGUAAAUGACAGCAAUGGCUGCAAGAAGCAGGGGUUGAGGGUGCCGUGCCUGCCAGUUUCUCGGCUGUCACUGAAUUGGAAGCGGACGGAGAGACCAGGAGCACCGCACUGCAGAUCCCUGGGGAAAGGGUGAGUGUCCAACCCCCUCCGACCACUACAGCCGCGCACCCUCAGAGAGGACGACAUGGCCGGCCUGAGGCACUGCUACGACGGUAAGAUCGCCGGGCUUUACGACCUGGACAAGACCCUGGGGAAGGGUCACUACGCCGUGGUGAAGUUGGCCCGGCAUGUCUUCACCGGGGAGAAAGUGGCCGUCAAAGUGAUCGACAAAACCAAGCUGGACAAAUCGGCGACAGGGCACCUCCUGCAGGAGGUCAGGUGUAUGAAGCUGGUACAGCACCCCAACGUGGUCAGGCUGUACGAGGUGAUCGACACCCAGACCAAACUCUACCUGAUCCUGGAGCUGGGAGACGGCGGCGAUAUGUUCGACUACAUCAUGAACCACGAGAGGGGGCUCUCUGAGGACCGGGCCAAGACUUACUUCGCCCAGAUCGUCCACGCUAUCUCCUACUGCCACAAGUUACAUGUGGUGCACCGAGACCUGAAGCCGGAGAACGUGGUGUUCUUCAAAGACCAAGGGGUGGUCAAACUCACUGAUUUCGGCUUCAGUAACCGAUUCCAGCCCGGCAAGAUGCUCACCACUAGCUGCGGCUCUCUGGCUUACUCGGCGCCCGAGAUCUUACUGGGAGAGGAAUACGAUGCACCUGCGGUGGAUAUCUGGAGCCUGGGAGUAAUCCUGUAUAUGCUGGUGUGUGGCUACCCACCUUUCCAUGAGGUUAAUGACAGCGAGACGCUCACCAUGAUUAUGGACUGUCGUUACACAGUCCCACAGCACAUCUCUGCUGACUGCAGGAAGUUGAUCUCCAGGAUGCUGCAAAGGGACCCCAAGAAGAGGGCGUCCCUGGAGGAGAUCGAGGGUCAUCCGUGGCUCCAAGGCAUUGACCCUUCUCCGGCCAAGAAGCUGAGCCUACCCCUCACUUCCUACAAGAGCCUUUCUGAGGAAGAGCAUGAAAUAAUUAUCCAGGCAAUGGAGUGUGGCAACAUCGCACAGAGGGAGCUGAUCCAAGAGGCUCUGGAAGCGGAUAAGUACAAUCACAUCACAGCCAGCUACUUCCUGCUGGCAGAGAGAAUACUGAGGGAGAAGCAGGAAAAGCACACCCACAGCCGCAACCUUAAUCUGGACUAUAACUGGAGCGCACACGUCCAAUGCAGGCCAUCGCUGUCAACAGCAGCAAACAGCUUUAUGGAUGCCACUGACAGUAGCCCCUUGCCUGAAAUGCACAAUGGGUUUUCAAUAAAGCACUCUACUCCGACCACAGUCCCAAACAAACAACCGGGAGCUGAGCAGAAGGAUGCGGAGGAGAUGGGAAACACUAAAGACAUUGCGAAAAUUGUGACUAAUGCCCAGAAUAGUUCUGCGACACCAUCGCCAAUGACGGUUCUACUUCGCUCAUCAUUGGAAACCUCUGUCAUGCCAAAGAACAUGCCUGUCCUCCAACAGAUUUGUGAAGAAGACGAAGAGGAGGAAGAAGAUACAGAGAUGGAGGUCAAAGCUACACCCUUGCCAAAUGUGACGCAAGCUCCGUGCGCCGGUACUAAUCAGCAAACCUUGGGCUGCCCCGGCAAAGACACCGAAAUAGACAGCAACAAACUGUUUCACGAGAUGUGGAGCUGCCAGCGGGAGAGUGGGGUGAUGAACUCCUCAGUUGAAAUGCCAGGGUCAGUGGGGCCACUCUGCUGCAGCAGGUGGGCUGGGAAAAGUGAGCCGCUCUCCAGUUACUUUGCAAACCGGCCGAUCAACCUCAUGAAUGAGAGCAACAACAACAGCACCAGCAAAGGUAUCAUCAGAGCUCCUGUAGACGUUGCCGGCGUCAGUGUUCAGAAGGCCCACCCUUGCCCGCAUUCUCAGCAAUGUCCGGCCAGCCUAGACUCUAGAGUUACUGAGCCCAUCGUUUCUAGCACUGACUUGGCCAAGGACAAAUUGCAGGGGCUACAAAAAUGCGAGGGCCCGAGUGUGGAAAGUCCAAAGCACCUGAUUGACUGGAUGGCUGAGAACAGUGGGUUGGCAAACGACAAUGCAAGCAUUGACAGCAGUGCAGACCCUGUGAAUAAAUUUGAUCCUACCCGGUCAAAAAACAUAAACAUUAGGGACCGGAUUCUGCAAAUCCCACUCUGUGAGAAAGCCCUAUCCUUUAAGAUCAAACCGAACUCUAAAGAAAACCUCCUUUCCUUUGGACAGUUCAACUGUUGUCAUGUAAUUUAGUACUUUUUUUAAGAAAAGAAAAAUUGUAUAGUUUGUGUGUAUCUACACACAAUCGUUGUAAAUAUGUAUCAUCUUUUACAGACUAGGGGUACGGCAUUAGAAAGGAAGGAUAUUUAAGGUUGGUUUCUGUCUGCACUCCCAAAGUGGGGAGCUCUGUCUGUCAUGGAUGUAAAUUGGAAGCCAGUGAUUUUCUGACUUGUCUGUUUAGGUGGUGGGACUCUCAACAGUAAUUGAUCCAUAGACCCAGCUCCCCACCUGAAGUGCAAAAUUGGAAAAAUAACCCUUUAAUUCUCAUAACGGAAUAACGGGUAUAACGUAAAAUACAAUUUGGUGCUUCUUUCUGAGUUGGAAGAAAGUUCAAAGUAGUUCUCCAUUCUUUAUACCAUCUAACUUGUGAAAUCCUUCGCUGCUGUACCAUGUUGGAACAUAAAUGGGUAGGCAUGCGGUGAUUAUACCCUUUUUAGGCACAGACCCAAUACCCCACCUUCAAAUUUACAGAUUAGCUCACUGUUGUCUUGAGAACCCAUUAGUUGAUGAGACUCAGUGUUUGGGGAAUUUCCUCAUGUACGUUAUAUGACAGCAUACUGUAGACAUCUGCCCUGGUGCAGAUAACUGAAGUGUGUACAUAAUAGUGUACUUCCUUCAUUGUCACCUUUAUAUUAAAAAAAAAUCUAGUGUUCACAGAUUAAUUUUCACAGGUCUGUUUUAUUACCUGUAUAAGAAGUGUGACUUUUAAGUGUCUGGUGUGUGUUCCUCUUCCUUCUAUUGUAAAUGCUAAUCCUUCAUUGUACAUAUCGCACUGUUAGCUCUGGAAGCUGCCCUGCACUAACAUGUGAAUAUGAAAUAGUAAUUUUCCCAAAAUAGUACAUAUUUUUAAAUACUGUAAAGUACUACAUUGUAAUUUGUUUGUCCACCUCUUAAACCUAAGAUAAAUUCAUGAA